CUCACACACUUCAGACAAUUAAUCAAAUUAUAAUAAUUAUAUGAAAGCAAAAAUGUCUCUAACACCACAUGAGGUGUACUGAUGCACUUUGCCUUGAUUCCAUAUACUCGUAAUUUCCAGCACCGUGUUUAGCUCACAUGAUCCCUGACAAUGUGGAUGACAGGUGUUAGACACGCCUGCAGAAGGAGAGCCAGCAGCAGUCUGUAGUAGUAUAUGCUGCACACACAGUAAGAAUACGCUCAUUCAUUAAAUGGUGUUGUUUAACCACUGCAUUGAUUUAUGCAAGAAAAAUAUUAACAUAUUGUGAGAGCCAAUAAUUCUUUGCUCAGGGUCUACCAAUCCAGUUCUAACUAGUAAAAUAGAUUUAUUGAAGCAUCGCGGUUUAAUUAUUAUCCAAAGCAGAGACUGUAUAAGUAUCCAUGAGACACGCAUCACGACAUAUACAAUCUCACUGUCUCACCUUGCUUUGUGCUCACAGCUUUGCUUGGUAUACACAGUAUAACAUGUCGACUAGUGUUAAGAGCUUUUCAGUGGGAUAUAAUCCCAUAAAUGAAAGUGAUAUUUUCACCAGUGGUGACUGGAUUACAGGACAAAUUACACUGGAACUGUCAAAGAACUGCAAAAUAGAUUCACUCGGAGUAAAGCUGAAGGGAAAAGCAGAAGUGAAAUGGACUGAAAUGUACGGAAAGACAGUCGUAACGUACCAUAACAAAGAGAAGUACUUCAGUAUCAAGCAACAUAUCAUUCAAGAGGGCCACGGUGAAGACCUUUUACCAUUUAAAGUGGGUCAUGAUGUUGGCCAGGGCUGCCAUGUUUACCCUUUCACCUUCCAGAUCCCUGCACAAGACCUACCAUCCUCGUUCAAAGGCUUAUUUGGAAAGAUCGAGUACACACUGGAGGCAAAUCUGAGCAGGUCGAUGAGAGUAGACACCAAAGCUAAGGCAAAGUUUACUCUGAUCCACAAAGGAAACCUUAACAGAGAUCUGAUGACUCCACAGAACGGUAUCGUUAAUAAAAAAAUGAAGCUCUUGUCAUCGGGGUCAGUCGGCAUGGAUGUAAAUAUUCCACGAACAGGCUUCCGCCAAGGGGAAGGCAUAAAGGUUGUGGCCUCCAUUCAGAACACGUCAUCUCGUGAAAUCAAGCCCAAGUACUGUUUGUAUGAGAAGCACAGUUUCUUUGCCAAGCACAAGAGGAAGCUUCAAACCAAAGACAUCCUGAAAGAGGUGGGUGAAGCUAUCCCACGUUUGGCAGGUCAAACAGUCACCAGGAUCAUCACCAUCCCUCCUACCACGUGUGUGUCCAUCUUAAACUGCAACAUCAUCAAGAUAGAGUACAGGCUCAAGGUCUAUCUGGAUGUCAAGUAUGCUUCAGAUCCCACGAUCAAGUUACCCAUAGUCCUCCUGCCCGCUUCUCAGGAGCCGGAUGAUGGAGAGUGUCUGCCUGCUUAUCCUACCUUGUUUGGUUUUGCUUAAUCCCUGUUAUCCAGGCAGAUGACAAGAAUGAUGACAUCGUAAAGACUUAUCUUUUCUAAAACAUUUAGGAUAAUCUUUAAGAAGAAGUGAAGGGGUUAGAUCGGCACUAACUAAUGAGGAAUACUGAAAUGCUGUAAAUGAUAUCAUAAAGAAUACGGCUGUGCUUGCUUCUUCUAAUCAAACAAUAAUUACAGAGAAAAUACAGUUUUCCAAGUCAAUUUUAUUUAUCAGUCUGACAACAGAAAACUUACAUGACCAUUGCAUCCCAUUAGAAAAGAAAAACAGGAUCUUAUACAUGUGAAGAGUGAAUGACAAUAAAAAAGCACAUUCUAAAAGAGCAAAAGUACAACAAAUAAUGUUUACUCUUAAGCUGUUGUCAAACUCUAUCUUUAUCAAUGAUCAUGAAUAUUUGACGUGCAUUUUUUCUUUCACCUGGAAAGAAAACCUGAAUGAGUCACAUGCUGAUUGUCAUCAUAGUUCAUCAUGUAAGUUUCACUCCCUAUUCACCCCCCCCCCCCCCCCCCACCCCAAUUAAUUAAAGAAAGC